AUGUCACGACUCUUGCGGCCAGCUUCUCGAUUGGUAUCAUCCUCCGUCGCCCGACCAGUGGCUCGAAGUGCCUUCCAGUCCCCACCCCGAGUCCCGGUGAUUGUGCAAAACAGAGGAUAUGCGAAGGAGAGUGGUGUGAAGGAAUAUACAGUCAGAGAUGCGCUGAAUGAAGCCUUGGCAGAAGAAUUGGAAUUGAAUCCCAAGGUGUUCAUUCUCGGUGAAGAAGUUGCUCAGUACAAUGGCGCAUACAAAGUCACCAAGGGUUUACUGGAUAGAUUCGGAGAGAAGAGAGUUAUUGAUACUCCGAUCACCGAAUCUGGGUUCUGUGGUUUGGCAGUUGGCGCAGCAUUGGCUGGCUUACAUCCCGUCUGUGAAUUCAUGACCUUCAACUUCGCUAUGCAAGCAAUUGAUCAAAUUGUCAAUUCAGCAGCAAAGACUCAUUAUAUGUCCGGCGGAAUUCAACCCUGCAAUAUCACCUUCCGUGGUCCCAACGGUUUCGCAUCAGGCGUUGCAGCACAACAUUCACAAGAUUAUUCAGCUUGGUAUGGAAGCAUACCCGGUCUCAAAGUUGUCACUCCAUGGAGCGCGGAAGAUGCCAAGGGGUUAUUGAAGGCAGCUAUCAGAGAUCCAAACCCGGUCUGCGUCCUCGAGAACGAACUACUCUAUGGUCAAUCCUUCCCCAUGAGUGAAGCCGCCCAAAAAGACGACUUCGUUCUUCCCUUCGGAAAGGCAAAGAUUGAACGUGCCGGAAAGGAUCUCACAAUUGUUACACUCUCCAGAUGCGUUGGCCAAUCAUUGGUCGCUGCUGAAGCUUUGAAGAAGAAAUAUGGCGUUGAAGUCGAAGUCAUCAACCUCCGCUCCAUCAAACCCCUUGAUGUUGAAGCAAUCGUCAAAUCGGUCAAGAAGACCCACCGCCUGUUGGCUGUUGAGUCCGGAUUCCCAGCCUUCGGAGUCGGUGCUGAGCUCCUCGCACUUACCAUGGAAUAUGCCUUCGACUACCUUGAUGCUCCGGCCCAAAGAAUCACUGGUGCUGAGGUGCCAACACCAUAUGCUUUGAAGUUGGAGCAGAUGUCCUUCCCGGAUGAGACCUUGAUCGAGAACUAUGCCAAGAAGAUGUUACGGCUAUAA